CUGGCGCGCCACUGGGAGGGUGCUGGUGGCCGGCGGCCGGUGGCGAGUGGCGGGCGGCCGGUGGUGGGCGGCGGGCCAUGGCUCACCAGGCAGACGGCGCGGGCGCGGACCCCACCUCCGGCCGGCUGCCCUCCGGGGUGGUCCAGCUGCUGUCGGCGCUCUUCUACGGGACCUGCUCCUUUCUCAUCGUGCUGGUCAACAAGGCGCUGCUGACAACCUACGGUUUCCCGUCACCAAUUGUUCUUGGAGUUGGUCAGAUGGCAGCCACCAUAAUGAUACUGUAUGUGUCCAAGCUAAAUAAAAUAAUCCACUUCCCUGACUUUGACAGGAAAAUUCCUAUAAAGCUGUUUCCCCUGCCUCUCCUCUACGUUGGAAACCACAUAAGUGGAUUAUCGAGCACAAGUAGAUUAAGCCUGCCGAUGUUCACUGUGCUCAGGAAAUUCACCAUCCCACUCACUUUACUCCUGGAAACCAUCGUUCUCGGGAAACAGUACUCCAUGAACAUCAUUGUCAGUGUCUUUGCCAUUGUUCUCGGUGCAGUGGUAGCAGCUGGUUCUGACCUUGCCUUUAACUUGGAAGGCUAUAUUUUUGUAUUCCUGAAUGAUAUCUUUACGGCAGCGAAUGGAGUUUAUACCAAACAGAAAAUGGACCCAAAGGAGCUAGGGAAGUAUGGAGUGCUGUUUUACAAUGCCUGUUUCAUGAUUAUCCCAACCCUCAUCCUUAGCUUCUCCACAGGAGACCUCCAGCAGGCAACUGAAUUCAACCAAUGGAAGAAUGUUCUAUUUGUCUUACAGUUUCUUCUUUCCUGUUUUUUGGGGUUUCUGUUGAUGUACUCCGCGGUGCUGUGCAGCUACUACAACUCCGCCCUGACGACAGCAGUGGUUGGAGCCGUCAAGAAUGUGUCCAUUGCCUACAUUGGGAUGGUAGUCGGUGGAGACUACAUUUUCUCUGUGUCGAACUUCAUAGGCUUAAAUAUUUGCAUGGCAGGGGGCUUGAGAUACUCCUUUUUAACUCUGAGCAGCCAGUUAAAACCUAAACAGCCUGUGGACGAAGAAAACAUCCCUCCAGAUUUGAAGAGUUCGACACUGGGGCAGGAUUGCCGGCAGACCUGCGGUCUGGUGGCUACCAGGGCCGUCGUUCCUGGAUGUGGGGAAGUGACGUCCCCACACCUUUGAGGUGCGGGACUCCCUCUGGGGAAAGCAAGAAAAGAAAUGUCUAAGAGGAUCUACCUCACACUCACUGCGCAGUGAGCUGUCGUUGCCCUGAGACACGGGUCCAGGCAAAGCCUUACCAGCCAGAAGGGAAUCUGCUCAAAAUAAGCCGCUGUUUACAGGGAUUGUUUCUAGGCGUCCUGUGUGGUCGAUCACGCCUCCGCUGUUCGCCACUGCGGCAUGUACUUAAGAGGCGGUACAAGGUCGAUGCCGUGAGAUUACUUUCUUACCAGCACCUUCGCCUUGAUUUCAAAGGUCCCAGCCACAGCAAAGUGACAGUGAGAGCUUUUUUUUUUUUUCAGUUUAAACAGACAUUUUUAUUUUUAUUAAAUUACCUGAUUAACUGCCAAUAAUCUGUUAGCUUUUAUUUGAUCUUAUAUUUUUUCCAAUCGCCAAAGUAAAAUAAAAAAUAACUUAUA